UAUUGCAUUUAUGUAAAAUUUUUAUAUUUAAUUACAAUGGAUAGUCUGGAUAUAAUAUCGUGGUUCACAUCAUGGACCACAUUAACAACUGUUAUAUUAUUGCCAUUAUUAUAUUGGUAUUUAUUAAAGCCAUAUAAUUAUUGGUCCAAACGUGGUAUACGAGGCCCGAAACCAGUGCCUAUUGUGGGCAAUGAUUUGCAAACAUUUAUAAGUCCAAUGCCUUUGGUAGAGUUGGAGUGGUUUAAAAAAUACGGAAAAAUUUAUGGUGUAUAUCGUAGAGAUAAGCCAGUGCUGACAAUCGCCAAACCGGAACUCAUUAAAACCAUAUUAGUUAAAGACUUUCAUCUGUUUCCCGAUCGAAAAACCCGACGAAUCAAUCACGAGGUAUUGUCGAAGAACUUAUUCUUCUCGGAAGGAGAAGACUGGAAAAGAUAUCGAUCCAUAACUAGUCCGACGUUCACAUCGGGAAAAAUGAAGAAAAUGUAUCCAAUGAUUAGGGAAUGUCUUAAAGAAUAUUUGAAAACAUUGGAUGAUUUGGCCAUAAAUAAGAGUGAUAUUAAUCUAAAGGACAUGAACGGCAACUUCACGAUGGAUGUGAUCGCCACCUGUGCUUUUGCCACCAAAACCAAUGCACACAAAGAACCAAAUAAUGCGUUUGUGAUAAACGCAAGAAAGAUAUUUGAUUUCAGUUUUGUGCGAGUGUUGGGACUGUUAGUACUUCCCAAACAAAUACUUGAGUUAAUUGACUUAAAAUCCGCAAGUGAUGAGAGCAGUAACCAGUUUUUCAUACAAUUGACAAAACAUGUGGUCAAACAAAGAAAAGAUGAACCAAAUAGUCACCAAAAAUAUAAUGAUUUUAUUCAACUGCUUGUCGACGCUCACAACAAUACUGGUCAACAACUUCCAGAUGAAAAUGAUGUCAAUGAAGCACAUCAUGUCAAUGACGGUGAAGAAGAAAGAGAAGUGGAGAGAAAAGUGUUGUCGGGAAGUGUAGUGAAUAAACAUUUAACAGAAUUGGAAAUCAUGGCUCAGGGAUGGAUAUUCUUCGUCGCCGGAUAUGAGACAACGGCUACUACUCUAACAUUUUGUUCGUAUGAAUUGGCACUCAAUCCUAAAGUUCAGGACAGACUCUAUGAAGAGAUAGAGACUGCCGUUGAUGCCAAUGGAGAGAUCAGUUAUGACAAACUGUCGAAAUUGCCGUUUUUGGAUUCAGUACUUUCGGAAACGUUGCGCUUAUAUCCACCAGUGCUGAGACUCGACAGAAGAGUUGUAACCGAUUAUAAGUUGGGCGACACUGGUAUUCAAUUGUUUGCGGGACAGGAGGUCGAGAUACCGGUGUAUGCCAUACAUCAUUCCGAUGAAUUCUACCCGAAUGCCCAUCAAUUUGACCCCGAUAGAUUUAUGCCUGAAAACAGACAUAAAAUAAUACCAUACACUUACCUACCCUUUGGUGCCGGUCCUCGUAAUUGUAUUGGUAUGAGAUUUGCUUUAAUGGAGGCUAAGUUAGGACUGGCACAUAUUAUUAGGCGAUUCAGAUUUUUUAAGUCACCGCAAACGGCUGUUCCGCUUGAGUUCAAACCUGUUACCCGAUUGUGUGCCGCAAAACAAGUGGUAGUCGGCAUUGAAAUGAGAAACAUUUCCUAAAUAGUUAUCAUUAAUCUAUUUUAUAUGUAUUAUAGUGACUAUAUUUUAUAGAAUUUUUAAAACAAUACAAUUACAGUACAAUUUUUUAAAU